GGUCAGAUUGUCAAUUCGGUCAGGUGAACAAAAUAAAUACAAAUUAUAUUGUCAUGAAGUAUACUGCGGAAGAUGCGAUAAGAUUUACUAAACGCAGCGUCGCUUUAUUAAUUUCAUGGCCACCAUCGAUAAACGAAUCAAAAACAAAAUUGUUCUUUCUCGAUAUAUAUUUUUGGGCAUCAUUUAUCGCAGCUCAAGCAAAUUUUAUCGCAUUGGGGAACGCGAUAUACGUUUAUCGGAAUAAUGUAGAAGUUAUGAUACGAAUAGCAUGCUCAUGCACGGCUAUUAUACAAAUGAGUAUAAAAAUGCUUGUAUGUAGAAUGCAACGUUCGAGUUUACAGUCAAUAGUCGUGGAAAUGGAAAAUAUUGUUAAACAAGCUAAACCAUACGAAGAAACGAUACUAACGAAAUAUGUGGGCAGAUGUUCUACACUUCACAUAUCUCUUACCUUUGGCUUUUAUUUAGCUGCUACAAAUAUUGUUCUGGGACCAAUAUUUUUACCACAAUCAUUACCAACUUUUGCUGUUUAUCCGUUCAACGUGGAAAUACAUCCCACAUACGAAAUUGUUUAUUUUGUACAAGCAAUUAGUGGAAUACAAGCAUCUUCAGGUGCAUCGAUUGAUUGUCAAGUAGCUGUUUUACUCUGGUUCGCUGGUGCAAGAUUUGAAAUGUUACAAAUUGAUAUAUCAAAUAUUGUAAACGAGUAUGAUCUCAAAUCGUGUAUCUCCAAACAUCGUCAAAUUAUCUGUUAUGCAGAUAACGUGGUCAAAACUGUACGUUUUGUGAUUCUUACUAGUGUAGGUACUACGACCAUAUUAAUAGUAUUCAGUGGAAUUUUACUCUUUAAUACAGAUUCAGUGACUAUCAAAUUUCAAUUCCUCGUUUUGGAUAUAGUCGCUAUUAUUCAAUUAUUUAUUAACUCGAAUCCGGCUGAAAAUUUAAUUGAAAUGAGUUCUGAGGUUGGAUCAGCAGCUUAUAAUCUAAAUUGGGUUGAACAAUCACAAAAGAUAUCGAAAAACAUACUUUUUCUCAUUCAAAGAUCCCAAAAGCCAGUUAUAGUCACAAUUAGCGGAUUUUUACCAAUAUUAUCUUUAUCUUAUUAUAUGUCGACAGAUUCAAUGACUAUCAAAUUUCAAUUCCUCGUUUUGGAUAUAGUCGCUAUUAUUCAAUUAUUUAUUAACUCGAAUCCGGCUGAAAAUUUAAUUGAAACGAGCUCUGCGAUUGGAUUAGCAGCUUAUAAUCUAAAUUGGGUCGAAAAAUCACAAAAGAUGUCAAAAAACAUACUUUUUCUUAUUCAAAGAUCUCAAAAGCCAGUUAUAAUCAGGAUUAAUGGAUUUUUACCAACAUUAUCUUUAUCUUAUUACAUGUCGUUCCUGUCCUCAUCAUUAUCGUAUUUUACAACAAUGAGAGCCGCAGUUAAUUAA